AUGUCUCAAAAUAGUGAGUUGAAUAUCAGUGAAGGAGACCUUAUCCCCUCCCCCACUACAUAUUACCUUGCAGAGAAAUACCUUGGCAACGGCGCCUAUGGAAUGGUGAUCCGAUGCAGGAAUGUGACCACAGGUGAAACGGUGGCUUUAAAAAUCAUCCAAAGCCUAGAAAACAUUGACUGUGCACAAGAAGAGGAGGUCAUCCUUCGAACCAUGAAGAAGCUCCACUCAGACAGAUUCAACAUAGUCAGCUUGUACGAGACAUUUUUGUACAAGGAACAUUACUGUCUUGUGUUUGAGCUGCUGGAUAUGGAUCUGCAGAAAUUCAAACAGAUCAACCCGGGUCAACACCUUCAGCUGAAGCAGAUCCGCCCAAUUCUGCAGCAGCUAGCUACAGCCUUGGAAUUUCUGAACAGCGCAGGGAUCAUUCAUGCAGAUUUGAAGCCAGAUAACGUCAUGUUGGUGGAUCAUGUCAGGCAGCCACUGAAAGUUAAAGUCAUUGACUUUGGCUUAUCCUUGGAUGAUCCUGAGGAAAUGACCGGUGAAAUCUUCCAGACCUUGUGGUACAGGUCUCCUGAGAUUCUGUCUAAAGAUCCUUUCAGCGGGAACAUCGAUGUAUGGUCUCUUGGCUGCAUUGCUGCUGAGAUGUCAAUGGGCGUACCGCUGUUCCCUGCCAAUGAUGAGGAUGAUUUGGGGAAUCAUCCUGUCUGGGUAGAAGAUGCCCUAGCUGAAUAUGUGGACCUGCAGUGCUUUAUGGACCUAAUGACACAGAUGCUGAUGAUGAGUCAGCAUGAAAGAAUUACCCCAAGCCUAAUUCUUCAGCAUCCGUUCAUCACGAUGAGCCACCUUCAAGGGUCAUAUAAAAACAGCCUCUAUGCGAAGUCAUGUGAGGAACUGAUGGACAUCUGCCAGAAUCAGAGCUCUGAGGAUGGAAGACAUGGAGACCAGGUUAACCUGCAAGUGUCCCUCAUUGAGGACUCCUCCAGCAGCACUGCCAGCCCAGCCAAGGAGGGCAGGGAAGUGGAUGCAAAGUCUGGCAACAGACCAAAAGACUCCCAAGCCAAGGUCCGAAGAAGUGAACGACUGGCAGCCGCUCAAAGAGGCAGAACCAAGGAAGCAGACGGGCCCAACUUCAAACCCAAACUUCCGGUUAAGGUCCCCAAAAACAUAGACACUGAGGCCAACACUUCCAUGGGGCAAACUGUGAUGGGAGUGUACGUUAUACAGAAGGUUGGUGCGGAGCCUGAAGAUGAGCCAGAGGACAUUGGUGUCCUGAUUGAGGGUGUGGAGGUCCUCAGUGGUUUGGGUAACAUUGCGAUUGCCUGUGAUCUGCUCUUUGGUCUGAUAUACUGUCUGAAAUUGAGCUACCCACCAGAGCUCAAAUACACUUUUGAAGUCCUGCAGAAGAUUCUCCUAAACCUGGAUGGGCAGAGGUUGUCGUCCAAGGCACAGUUCCUGAAGAACAAGCUUCCGCAGUGA